AUGAGUUGGAUGUGGGAGCGCCUGGCCAUCUGCGGCGCGCGGUGUUGCAGCGUGGCGGCGGCCCUCGCGGCGCCUUGCGACCUGCAGCGCUGCUCGCAGAUGGGGCUGCGCGCCGACCAAUUCCCGGCGCAGGGCUCCUUCUACGUGCAGACCAACGAAGCCGCCCCCUACUGCAGGAGCCAGCCUGACGUGGACGAGCAGAUGGGGCGUUUACUCGCCGCAUCCAACGUGGCCCUGUCGCCGUGACCCGUGAAGACCCGCUUCGAAUGCCUUCUAGCGCCCUGAUGCUUCGGAGCCUUCGCCAGACUUCAGGGUCGACGAGCUGAGGCGGUGGACCAACCAAAAGAUUCGGCACAGCCGAGCUUGGGAAACAGUCUCGAUUUCGCGUGCUGGGUUUCACUGUUUCUGUGAACGAUGGGUUCCUUUCUACUUACAACGUCAGGUCUAGAGAAACACCGCGUUUCGUCGCUUUUCCGCAAUACUGUUGUAACACAAAAAUCUGUUUUGUACAGUAGAGCCUGAUUUAAUUUCUCCGCAACUUCGUUUUCUUCCCAUAAAUCGAUUUUCAAGUUAUAUAAAAAUAACUAUGUUUUUUGAAUUUUUAAGUUAUGGAUUUUAUAAAACUCUCAUUUUUUGGGCAACAUUAUUCCAUA